CAUGUCUCCAUUUCUCCUCCGCACUAUCCUGUUGCAACUGACGGAGUCCUCUGCGGAUGUCUGCCCGACCCAAUGACAUUGCCCGCAUCGCCAACCUUGUCUCUGCUCAUUCCAAGCCCCAGCCACUCCCGGGAAUGAUACCGCGCGAGCGGGUCUCCCGAGCCUGCGAACACUGUCGGGCCCGCAAAAUCAAAUGUAACGGUCAGCGGCCGUGCAACGCCUGUGCCCGACAUCCGGAGCGAUGUGUUUAUCGCACGGGGAACAUCCGCCAGCGGAAAAGCCGUCGGCCCCAGGAACCAUCGCGGCCCCCAGCCCUACUCCCCCUCCCGGCCACCCAGUCGCCCACCACUCCUAGUGACUGGUCGGGCAGUUUGAGCGAUGAUCCUAUUCAGUACAAGCGGCAUCAUGAGCUCCGUGCCGGUAUCGGCAUGCAAAAUCCCGAAACGGGGGCUUUUCAAUUCUACGGGCCUUCUUCUGGCUUCUGCUUUAUUCAUCGGGUCUACCAGCGCAUCAAGCAGGGCUCGUCCAGUGAGCCGCUGUUGGCCCGUCGCAGCGGCGCCAUCCCGGAUGCCAUCCAGCGGUUUGGGAUGGAGCGCUUCAUGUUUGCCCGGGGGGACUCCGAUCCGCGUCGGACUCAAUGGCCGUCCGAGAUGUUUCUUCCCCGGGAUCUGGGCGACCAGUUCAUCGAGGCCUAUUUCCGGGUCAUGCAUCCGCAGAUUCCAGUCCUGAUCCAGUCGGAGAUUGUCGAUGCCUGGACCCAGAUGUGGGAGUCGCCGGUGCGCGACCGCGGGGUGAAAAAUCAGGAUAUCCUGUUCAUGGUGCUGGCCAUCGGCGCGCGUGUCGCCAAUUUAAAGGGGAAGCAGUCUGAAAGCAGCGUCGAAGCGUGGGCAGAGUAUUUCUCCAGUCGUGUAUCUGAGGGGCCGAUCUUCCUGCAAGAGCCGAGCAUCCGUGGCGUGCACUUGAUGCUGUUGAAGUCAAUGUACGCCUUGCAACUGAUGCGCCAGAACGAUGCCUAUCUCUACUUAGGACACGCCACCCGCACCUGUCUUGUGCUGGGCCUGCACCGCUCCCAGGUUACUGACGGUCGCGAUCCCAAUAUGCACCGGCUGCGGUUGACCUUUUGGACGGUCUUUUUUUGCGAGCGCAUCUCCUCGCUGUACAUGGGUCGUCCGUCCAGUCUGGCCGACCGGCAAAUCGACACGGCCUAUCCGGAGGACCUAGCAUAUCCCUCGGACAUCUCCCACGCCCCGAUGCAGGAGUGUGCCUUUAUCCGCGCCAUGGCCGAGAUCUCCAAACUGGCGGACCGCAUUUCUAUUGAGAUUUACUCUCCUGCUAGCAUCAAAUGUAUGGCGGACCUGGCCAAGCUCAACCAGACCAGUCUGGAAUGCGACGCUGCCUUGCAAGCCAUUAACCCGACCUUACCGUCCUACCUCCACUUUUUCGACGACUGCGUCCCAAUCGGCGAGCCGUGGCAGGAGAUCCAGCGCCUGGGUCUUGGGUUCUGCUAUUAUGUCGUCCGCAUGCUCCUCUUUCGUCCUUGCCUUGUCAUGAGCACCUUUUUCUCGUCCGUCAGCGAAGCACAGAUCGCCACCGGCUGCGCCGAGCUUCAAUCGUGCAUCAACGCCUCUACUUCCGCCGCUUGCAACCUGGUCCAUCUGGCUCACGACGUAUAUUUCCGGCGCUUCCCAGACAUCCGCUACGACGGAGCGCUCGCCUCGUUCCUGAUCUCCGCGUGUCUCACGUUACUCUACGACGUGCCCAAUCUGGGUAACGACCCUGUCCGGGCGCGCAAGACGUUUACGGUCGUCGAAAAGGCCAUCAAGUGUUUGGAUGAGAUCGAGCAUACGGGAUACACGUCCGGCAAGGCGUUGAGCUUGGAUCUGAUGAAGGUGGCCAAGCAGGCGGUGCUUGCGGCGGAUCCGGUGGUGGAUACGAAUCAGGUUUUAGUGGAUGAGUUUCCGUGGUUAGAGGAUUGGUCGUCUGCUGUGGCUUGUGGGGGUAAUCUCGAUCCGUCGACGUAUGCGUUUCCCCAGGCGGAGAUGCCGGUCCUGGGGGCGUUGGAGGGGAACGGGGCGGGUUGGAUUGAGUCGGAGGGGAAUUAUCUCUGGUCGGGGAAUGGGUUUGCUCCGAAUUCGAUGCCGGGGUGUUUCUUCUAGUUGGCAAAAAAACAGGAUAGAGCAGAUAGAGAGCAC